CAUUUGUAGUCCGAAGACCAGAAAAGCUGGGUAAAGCAUGUAAACAAAGAUCCAAGAAUAGUGGAACGGAGAUGGGGAGUGAUCAAACAUGCUGGCAUCGAUUGGUUUAGCCUGUGUCAAACUCAACUUGAGAUGCUUUGGCUUUUUGUGAUCGACUUUAAAAGGCUUUUAUCGUUAUAUGCCGAUCACAUACAUGUUGUUUUACAAAAAUCAUCUGACAGUGAUCUGUAGCCAAUCAAAGAACAUGCGUACUUUGAACCCGCCCAUUUUUCACGUGGGCAAAAUUGUGACUGACAGGGGGGAAUGUUCAUUCAUUCAUUCAUUCAUUCAUUCAUUUUCUAUAUGAAGAGUUCAAUUUUUUUGGGGGGGAGGGGCAAAUUGUAAUUCCAGAAUAAAAAUAAUUUUUUUGUGAAUCUCCUGGAAUGUCACAUUUGUAGUCCAAAGACCAAAAAGCUAGGCGGAUAACUUUAGCUAGCUAGGCAAAGCGUGUAAACAAAGAUGCAAGAAUAGUGGAACGGAGCGAUCAAACACGCUGGCAUCGAUUGGUUUAGCCUGUGUCCAACUCAACUCUAGACGCUUUGGCUUUUUGUGAUCGACUUUAAAAGGCUUUUAUCGCCAUACGCCGAUCACAUGUUGUUUCAUGGAAAUCAUCUGACAGUGAUUGGUAGCCAAUGAUCGGAGCUUUGAACCCGCCCAUUUUUCCAUGUGGGCAAAAUUGUGAUUGACAGGUGUGUUUAGUUUCUACCACAUUGCUUUUUCAAUCCAUCAACGGCAUUGAAUGUCUAUUGCUCACUUUCAGAUUGGGUAGAUUGGUGCAUUUAGAGGUGAAAACAACAUGAAAACCAGAGAUGGGUGAAAAACAACAGAGAGAAGAUGAGAUGAGAAUAAACCAAUCAGAACAUUGGAGUGUCCCAAGGCUGGAAUUUGCCCCCAAAAUUUAAGUCAUUUGCCCAUUCUUCUUUUCAUGUUGUUUUCACCUCUAAAUGCAGUCUCUACAGAUGUUUAUCGGAAAACUUCCAACACAUUUUUUUCUCUAUGUGGGACGGUGGGCAACACUUUCAGGUAGCUACAGUAGCAAAAAAAUAUUAGCACCACAAACCCGUCAGUCCAAAUGGAGUUAGCAGGUGGCGACGGGAGAACAGAGCAACGAGAUGGAAAUGAGCGAGCAGCAAACGGGCCUCCUUCUCCACGGGAUGCGACUGGAUCAGAACCCGUAGGAAACUCUGAUGAUGAUUCUGCAUCCAUCAGAAAUUCUGAGCAGCUGCAUACAGCCCAACCUUUGGACAAUUCAGAGGACAUGGAGGAGAACAAGAUGACGAUGGAGGAGGACGAGGAGGAAGUCAUUAUUCUGGAUGCUGAACAUCCUCUGGUCGCCAAGAAGCAAGCUGUGCUAAAGCAUCAACUCACCAAGGAACUGGAGAAGCUCAACCUGGAUCUAAAGGAAGAGGUGGCAGCCGAGAUGGCAGAGUCCAGCCAAACAGAGGAAACAUACGUGCAGUUGUUCCGGCAACAGGAGAUGCUGAAGAGACUCCAGACGAGGCUGGAGGGUCAACAUCAGACCAAGAUCUUGGCUUCAAGCAAACGUGGGCAGGAGCAAGAUCAACUGGAGGCGGUGAAGGCUUGUCAUAUCAGGACUACAAGCCAGUGUGACAAGACCAGGACCAAUGUGUCCGGCCUGCAGACCGAGCUGGACAAACUGAUGCCGCACCUCAUCUACACACAAGAAGCCAGUGAAGAUCUGCAUUGCAACGUAAAAGCCAUGGAGAACGCCACAAGCAAGGCGAGGGCUCAGAGGUCUCACGUGGAAGAGCAGAAACUCCAACAGGAUAUGUACGUGGAGCAACUUACCAAGGACUUGGAUCGGCUAACACAACAGAAGGACCUUUAUGAUGUUCAGAGAAAAGCCCAGGGAGAGACAACACGGGCAACCAAAGAGGCUCUGUCUGAGGCUGAAAUUCAAACGGAGUCGCUGGGGAUGUCACGGAAACAGCUGCUGCAGCAGUGGAACGGGAGCUUGGUGGAUUUAAGGAGACGAGAUGAAGACGUCCGAGCGAUACAGGAGGCAGUUGGCAUGGCCGAGCGCCAAGUGAUGGUGCUGGAUCGAGAGAUUGCAGGCGACAAGAAAUCCAUCUCCGAGCUCCAGGAGAAGAGCGAGACUCUGACUAUGCAGCUGAACUGUGCUCAGAUGGACUGCGAUGUCUCCAGAAAAAUGAUCAGUCAGAUUCGAUCCCAACAGGAAGCUCUGCAGGCCCAAUCCAGCACCUUCAUCCGUGCUCUCAGGGAGACAGAGCGCACCCUUGAAGAGCUCACUAAGGAGGACAACAGUCUUCACGCUGAGGUUACGGACCAGAGGCGAAAGCUGGAGAAAAACAAAGAUAAGCAUCUCCAGUUAGAGGACCAGAUUAUGACCCAAAUGCUGCAGAAGCUCAUGGACAGCAAGGCCGCUCAGUACUAUCAGCGUCUGACCAACAAGAAAGCCUCUCUCAAGACCGAGAAGAUGUACCAACUGUGGCAUUUGGAUAGUGACGUAAUGGCGACGACAUUGGAGAGCAAUGUGAUCAGCGAUAAUCUGGACAACCUGACCCGGACUCUAAAGGAGCUGGAUGAGGAGAUCACCAAGUCCAACAAGGUGGUCGCAUCCAACCAGGCCAGCAGCUCCUCCAUGGAUGUACUCAUUGCACAGAAACAGACCACCAUCGUGAACUACAACAAAAAAAUGUCUCUCAUUGCGCUUCGUACUGGGCAUGAAGACCUCAGUCCUCUGCAAAUUAAGAUGGAGGGAAUCAAGUCUGAGAUUGAGAAGUUAUCAGAGAAAAUCCAGAAUGAUCAGCAGCAGUGGCUGAAGCAUCAAGGAACGCUGGUGGGGCUAACCCUGGAGAUACAGGACCACACCCAGGAAUAUAACAAACUACAAGCAAAGUUCACCAUCAUCCGCCAGAAGAAGAUUUACCAGGAAUGUCAGUUCGAGGUCUUGCACCGUGAGGAGAGCGACGUGGAGAAGAGCAAGAAGAUGCUUCAGCGAGACCUGCUGAAGCUCAACACUCUUCUCAGCAAGAACGCUCAGCUGUGCCAGGCUUUGGAGCAGGAGAACAUGAUCAUGGAAACCGAGUUCCUUCACCAACUCAAGGAUGCAGAGCGGGAGUCCAUCGAGAUGGAGGUGAAACUGGAGAAGACCCAGGAGGAAAAAAAGAAACUUGUCAGCGGUCUGGUGGAGACUGAGCAUCAGAUCAUGCUGUGGGAAAAGAAGAGCCAUCUUGUGAAGGAAACACGUUCUGUUGUGGAGGAGAGUCAGGGAGACAUCCAGAUCAUGAAGAACGACAUUCACUGUAUGGAGCGGCAACUCAGCCAGCUGAUGAAGCGGCGAGAGCAGCUCCUCAGGGACAGUGUAGCGGCGGUGCUAAAGAGAGGAAACAUCAUGGAGCGCGAUGAGGCCCUGGCCCGCCACGCUAAAAAGCAAAUGACCACGGGGAAGCUGAAUCUGGUCAACGAAGGCUUGCGGCGCAGAGUCAAGGAAACACAUAAGCUGGUCAAAGAGUGUGAGCAGGAAAUAAAGGGACUGCAAACAAGCCGUGAAAAUCUAAACGACACGCUUUUGCAGCACAAACAGCAACUGAGUGACCUGUCUGGCACCUCUGCUGCCCUUGGGACUGAUCUCUCUAAUAUCCGGGACACCAAAGACAUGGCUCAAGCCCAACUCAUAGAAUUUCAGGAAAAGGCCAAAAAGCUCCAAGAGGUGACUGAAGGCAAGUACCGCCCCUCCUCCUCCUCCAGCCGGUCAGUGGAGGCGAGUCUGCAGAGGCACUUGGAGCGCGUACAAGCCAUUAGCAUCGUUAUUCACAGCGUGUGCGAGGAAUUCCCUGAUAAGCAAGCAGCUCUCCGGGCUCUGUCGCUGUCCCUGGCAGCCGGGACGCAGAGCUUCCCGAAGCAGGAAGCAGUCUGCUCGUGAGGAAAGAAACUAGUGUGUGAAUGGCCGUCGGUUUGUAUUGUGUGCAUUUUGCUGCAUGGGGUUGUCACAAGAACCAGUACUUUGACACCCAGCCCAAAUCAACACGCAAAACAUACAUUUUAGGUAUCGUGUUUAUCAACUAAAAAUUCUCUAUUUUUGUGUUUUGGACAGAGCCUCACCUGCCGUGAUGAAAAAUAAAACAAAAAAAGCUGAUUUUGAAUUCAAAUGUAUUUUCUCGGGGAUGCACAGCGGUCGAGUGGUUAGAGCGCAGACCUCACAGCUAGGAGUUCAAUCCCACCCUCGGCCAUCGAUGCAACUUUGAUGCUUCUCGGCUUUGGGAUAUUGGUGGACAAGUCUCUUAUUAUCAACUUAGGCCUUUUCUUUACCAUUUUAAACAAAAAAUAAAUAAACUAAAUAUAAAAUGUAUUACAAUUAUUAUAAUUAUAUUUAUUAUAAAAAAAACAAAAAUUAUUCUCUGUUCUAAUGUUUGGGAUAUUGGUGGACAAGUCUCUUAUUAGUAUCAACUUAGGUCUUUUCUUUACCAUUUUAAA